UGCUGGCGACAACCAAAGCAACAUGGCGCUGCUGUGACAGGCGUGAAAGCACGUAGUGAAGUUAUUGCUUCGUUAAAUACUACUACUAUUAAUAAAAUAGUAAAAUAGUAAAAAGUAAUCAGCCGGUGAAGUGUGAGAGAUGGAGCAUGCUGGAGACGUGGAAGUGAUUAUUCCGGAUGACGAGGAGAGAAAUGCACCGCACUGUCCUCACGGACCUGCUGUGUUGUUUCAGGUCAUGUGCAGAGGAGAGAAGAGCGAGAAGAGAUUUUACGCCUGCUCUGCAUGUCGAGACAGAAAAGACUGCAGCUUCUUUCAGUGGGAGGGUGAAAAGGUAUCAGAGGAACGACUGCAUGCCAGAGAGGAGCAGAACCGGUUGAAGAGGCCCUCGUUCACUCAUUCCGAAUACUGCAGGAGGUUCAGGGAGUUUGUUUCCCUGCCGCUGGAUCAGAGGAGGUUCUGCGUGGACUGUCAGCUCCUGCUCCAUCCUGCCGAAUGGAGCGCUCACGCCUCACACCAGGCGCUUUCUGAUGACAUCACAGUGGCUCGGCUGAGGAGGCCCAGUCUGCUGCUGCGUGCUUUGGAGAAUAAGAAGAGCAAUGCGCAGUACCUGUUUGCUGACCGCAGCUGCCACUUCCUGUUGGAUGUGCUCUCUGGAUUAGGAUACCGGAAGGUUCUUUGCGUGGGGACGCCACGAUUACACGAGCUGAUUAAGAUCCGGAGCACCGAGGACAAGACUCGCACCAUGAAGAGUUUAUUACUAGAUAUUGAUUUCAGAUAUUCCCAGUUCUACCCCCAGCAUGAGUUCUGUCACUACAACAUGUUUAAUCAUCACUUCUUCGAUGGAAAAGAAGCAGUUGAAGUUUUCCUGGACUUCCUGACAGAGAGAGACGGUAAUAAAAUAGUGAUGGUUGCAGAUCCACCUUUCGGAGGUCUGGUGAAGCUUCUGGGCCACACGUUCUCGAAGAUCUCACACACGUGGAGGAGUCUACACGGAGACGAGAGCGGCGUCUCCGAGAUGCCCAUGAUCUGGAUAUUUCCCUACUUCUUUGAACCGAGGAUCCUCGACUGCUUCCCUGCCUUCACCAUGCUGGAUUAUCAGGUGGAUUACGAUAACCAUCCUCUAUACAAACAUGGGACGACAGGACGUAAGCAAUCCCCAGUGAGACUGUUCACAAACCUCAGUCCCAGAGACAUCGUCCUGCCUAAGGAGGAAGGCUACAGGUUCUGCAGCAUCUGUGAGAGAUACGUCUCAGCAGAGAACCGACACUGUCCCGACUGUAACGCCUGUACAUCCAAGAAUGGAAGACCCUGGAGGCAUUGUGCUGAAUGUGGAAAGUGUGUGAAGCCGUCAUGGCGUCACUGUUCCUCCUGCGGCCGCUGCGUUCUUCCAGAUCAUCGCUGUGGACAAACGGGCUGCUACAACUGCGGCGAUUCUGGACACAAACACAAAGCCUGUCCUCUUAAACACAAGAAAAACAUACAGAGUGCUAAAGGAGCGUCCAAACACAACAGCAGCAAGCACACAGCUAAAAAAAGGAAAAAUAAGAAGAGGAAGAAAAAGGUCACAUGACUCCCCCUGUGCAUGGAUUACGCCUCGAUGGAGCAUGAGACUAAUGACACGUCCAGCCAGAGAGUGGACUCAAGACAUUUUAACAGCGUGUGGAGAGUGAUGUGUACUGCACCUUCUGGAUAUUUUGAAAUAAAUUGUACACUUUUACACUCGUGGUGAUCAGUAAGAUGGUCAGCAGUCAUUAAAAAGUUGUGUCUGUGAUUAGAAAAGGUUGUGAGAUCAAAUCCCAUUGGUUAUAUAUGAGGCAGUGAAUAUCCCACUGAGUUGUAACACCUAAGUUAGGCUACUUAGGUCAAGCUCUUCCUGCUCUUCAUCAAGCUCACAGAUCCACACGGCUGCUCACCAAAUAAAGUAAAAAUCCCUCUUCUGUACUUCAAUAUCAGUUAAUACACACAGAGACUACUUGCUUUAUUCUAUACUACUAUACCUCUAAGGAAAGUUCAUUCCACCACCUCUGUGCCAGAACAGAACAGUCUAGCAGUGCUGGUGGAUCUGAUGGAGCGAGAUGCAGUGUGAGGAGUAAUAAGAGCUUUGAGGUAAGAUGAUGCUGGUCCAUUCUUGGCUUUGUAAAC